AUGACAUUGAAUUACAUUGUCCUCAUUUUACUGCUAUCAUCUGUUCCCCGAUCAUUUUGUUUAAAUGCUUUAUUCAUUAGUAGUGGGGCUGCAGGCCAUGUGAUACCGAUGUUUGAAUUAGCUAAAACAAUGAAGAAUCACAAUGUUACAUUUGUUACCCAACAAUUUGCUCAAACUUAUAUCGAUUUCAAACCGUAUUCUUCUUCGACAUUUCGUGUUGUUUAUACAAACGAUUCGCCUGAUGCAUUGGCUGUGGAAAAGAACAAUGAACACGAAGCAAUGUCUUAUUUUGCUAAUUAUUCUACGUUCGAUGCAUUAUCCUAUGUAAUUCCACAACUAGGCCAAAUAAUUACAUCGAUAUUGAAUAAGACAAUACAUAUCUUGAUGUUUGAACGUUUCGAUGUGAUCGUUGCUGGUGCCAUGGUCGUUGGUGUACCUGUUUUGUGCGAGAAAGCAAAUACACCGUGUGUGACGCAUAGCCCAGCGUUUUUUCCCAAUAUUCUCGAUUUCAAUUUACCAAAUGUUUUCUCAUUGCUAACAUCGAAAGAAUUAACCCAAAUUACGUAUCGCAUAUACAAUGUUGCUUUUACUAUGCGUAUGAUCACAAAAUUGGCGCCGAAAAUGAUACCACUGUUCUACAAACUGUUUCAGUCCCUACCACGCGUAUCAGGGCCAUUUCACGAUAGUUUUACGCUAAGAAAUCUUCGAUCUUCACAAUCAAAAUGUUUGAAACUAAUUAGUGUGCCGCAUUCAUUCUACACACCAUCUUAUUCACAUCACGGUACAAAGUACAUGGGCGCAUUUAUGGACGAAAAACUCAUCGAUGAUGUUGACAAUGCUCUCACAAAAUGGAUGAAGUCGAAACCCGUUCGUUCUGUUGUUUAUGGCGCUUUUGGCAGUACUUCCGUGAUUCCACACGAUCGAAUGUAUAAUUUGAUAAGUGGUCUAGCCGCAUUUCUACUGGAAGCAGAUGGUAGUUCACUACUACUGGUAUUUCGCAGCACAAACUAUGAUACAUUUCAAGCAGUAUUGAAAGAGCUCGAUAAUGACGAAUUUACGGAUGUAUUAAACAAUGACAAACGAGUACGAAUCGAAAAUGGAUUUGUACAACAAAAAUGGAUCUUACAACAAGGCUCAGUCAAAGUGUUUCUAAGUCAUUGUGGCAUGGGCUCAUGUUUAGAAGCACUCCACUGUGGUAAACCCAUACUGUGCAUGCCGUUUAAUAUGGAUCAGUUUGCUAAUGCAAUGAGAAUCGAGGAUCUAGGUGUUGGACACUCAUUGUUUGUGCCACCAUCUGCAUUACAAUCACUGAUAAAUCCCUAUGAUUUUGUGCAAUACACGUUCACAGUUAGCCGCGUAACAAACACAAUAUCAGCAUUGUGGAUGAAUGAAACAUACGAAAAAGCAGCAAGGCUCAUGUCACUCGAAAUAAAACAUUCAGGUGGCUUGAAACGAGCAGUAGAAGAAAUAGAAUUCUUCGUUCAUCUAGGUGGUGAUUUAGGUCGCUUUGCACCGUUUCAAAGUACAUUAUCACUUUAUCAACGAUAUAUGCUCGAUUUACUGCUGAUAUUCGUUACUUUGCCUGGAGUAAUUGUAAUAUAUAUCAUAUUCAAAUGUUCCAAACGACGACAAAAACAAAAAAUAGAUUGA